AGCUGCAGGAAUAAGUGUACAGGCGGCAGCAGCAGAGCACAGUACUGUAUUCUCAGUACUAGUACUAGUACUAGUAGCAGCAGCAGCAGCAGCAGGCGGCGCAUCCGUAGUGUGGAGGAUCCGGUACAGCAGCAGCGGCGGCGUGUGUGCAGUCACUGCGGGCUGUUAGGUGGGCAGCAUCUGCAGGGGAUGUAACAGACUGACACCAGGAUUGAAGAAGCCAAAAUGGAGAUGAAACAAAAAAAUGGAAGUCGAUCUAAACGCUUUUAAAAAAGGAUAUUAUGGAGAUUGGUGGUCUACCACUUGAACUCUGGCGUCUGAUUCUAGCCUACUUGCCUUUGCGUGAUCUUGGAAGAUGUGGGUCAGUCUGCAGAUCCUGGUAUGACCUGAUAAUCAGCCUGGACAACACAAGAUGGCGACAGCUAUGCCUCGGCUGUGUACAAUGCAGGCACCCCAACUGGCCCAUCAAUCCUGAAGUAGAGCCAAAGUCAUGGAGAGAGGCUUUUAAACAGCAUUACGUAGCAUCCAAAACCUGGACAAAGAAUGCUCAAGAUCUUGAGUCCUCCAACUGUUUAUAUUUAUUUAGGCGGAAGAAGGAUAGAAGGGUUCUUUAUGUUGGGUAUGGCUGUGAGUACGAGAACCUCAGGAGUGCCCUAGCUUCAGCUAAUAUUUACGACCGCAUUAUGCUCCAGCCAGGUGUCUAUGAAGAGCAAAACGAAAUCAUUCUAAAAGUUCCUGUCGAGAUCAUGGGCCAAGGAAAACUUGGUGAUGUGGCAUUACUUGUUUCCAUUGACCAACAGUGCCCAACCUCUCGUCUAUGCAACUUGGUUUUUAUGCCUGCUUGGUUCACGCCAGUAAUGUAUAAGACAUCCAUAGGUUAUGUCCAAUUUGACAACUGCAACUUUGAGAAUGGACAGCUCCAGAUCCAUGCGCCCGGCACAUGUCAGGUUAAAUUUUGCACUUUUAACCAGUCCAGCAUAAAUUUCCACAAUGUGGCUCUCAGUGUGCUUGAGAACUGUGAAUUUGUUAGCAGUGAAAAUGCUUCUGUGACUGUGGAGGGGUCGCCUACUUCUGACAAAAACUGGGCUUGUAAACAUCUCUCCGCCUUUGCCAAGUCAAGGAACAUGCUUUAUACUGCAUCAGAGACGUCGCUCCCUGGGCCUGGGAAUACUGAUUUCUUUGAUGGGUCACCUGGUGCAAAAAUGAGGACAUGUGAAAUUAUAGUUAAUGGAGACCAAAGUCACUUGCUUCCUCAAUCUAAAUCCCAAAUAUUGGAUGAUAAAGCUUGUGACAAGGAUAAUGAAUUGAAUGGGAAUUUUUAUGUGAGCAAAGACGGGGAAGCCAUGACUCUGGAUACAGAUUAUAGUGACAGUGAACUGAGCACUGUCAGCGAGAAUGAAGAUGAUGACCAAUCCGUGUACAAGUUGUCAUAUCAUUCACAUGGACUAAGUCACAUGCUGACCAAAUCUGUUCAGUGCAGACCUCAGACUAAUGGACUCCUCACUUUGCAGAGUGACAUGGCUUUGAAAAGUCUGCAACAUGAGUUACAGAAGGACAAAGAACUGCAAACCAUUGCCAGCACAAUUCAAGGAUGUCUUGUACGGAAGUGCCUUUUCAGAGAUGGCAAGGGGGGGCUCUUCAUCUGCUCUCAAGGGCAAGCUAGACUGGAAGGAUGUAUAUUCAGGGACUUGACCUAUGCAGUACGGUGCAUACAGAAUAGCAAGGUUGUCAUGUUAAAGAAUGACAUUUACCACUGUAAGGCAUCAGGGGUUUUCCUACGUCUGGCAGCAGGAGGGCUCAUAGCUGACAACAACAUCCAUUCAAACACAGAAGCAGGGGUGGAUAUCCGCAAAGGAGCCAAUCCUGUCAUACUGUGUAACAGGAUACACAGCGGCCUCCGCUCUGGCAUUGUUGUCCUAGGCAACGGGAAAGGCAGCAUCCGCAGCAAUCAGAUCUAUGGGAAUAAAGAAGCUGGAAUUUAUAUAUUGUACAAUGGGAACCCUGUGGUGAGUGGAAACCAUAUAUUUCAAGGACUGGCUGCCGGUAUUGCAGUGAAUGAAAAUGGAAGAGGUCAAAUAACAGAAAAUGUAAUCCGUGAAAAUCAGUGGGGUGGAGUGGAUAUCCGCAGAGGUGGUGACCCCGUUCUCAGAAGUAAUCUUAUAUGUUGUGGGUAUUCGGAUGGCGUGGUUGUGGGAGAACGAGGCAAAGGUCUUAUUGAAGGAAACACCAUUUAUGGUAAUAAAGGCUGUGGCGUGUGGAUCAUGUCAUCCAGUCUUCCCCACAUCACCAGCAACCAGAUCGGGCACAACAGUAUCUAUGGGGUAGCUGUCUUCUGCCGCAAAGAUGAUGCCAGUGACUACCUUGCUAACCAGGCUGGGAAUGAAAACUUCAAUGAUGAAGGAGAAGCUGCAAACUGGGAAAAUGAUCUAGAUAGCGAGGAUGAUCGCUUCUCCUCGCGGAGGCCAAUUAAUGUGGCACUUAUUGAGUCCAACAGUAUUAACCACAAUGGAGCUGCUGGGCUGUACAUCAAGAGCAGUGAGGCACUGAACAUAAUAGCGAACGCAAUACAUGCCAACCAUGACAGUGGGGUGGCUGUAUUUCAAAGCACCCAACUUGCACGCAUUGGAAAUAACAGCAUCUCCUGCAACAGACUAAGUGGCGUUCAUGUGGAGACAGCCUGCAGAGUGGAGCUACGAGGUAACGGCAUCUAUGAUAACAAAAGCCAUGGCAUUGCCUCCAAAGGAGAUGGAACCAUCAUAGAGAAUGAUAUUAUAGGAAACCGCGGCUGUGGGCUCCAACUCGUACAGACUGCCGACAUGAAGGUGACCAGGAAUAGGAUUCAGUCUUUUCAUGACUAUGCUAUAGCACUCCUUGAUCAAUCCAAAGGCUUGGUGCAGGAAAAUAUUGUCUUUCAAGGAAAGCUAGGACAGAAUAUUUUGCAGCAGGUGUCCAACAGCGAAGACUGCAUCGUUCAACAUAACAAGCUACUCACCUUUAAGAAAAAGUCAGAGGUUACAUGGAAGUUGGAAAAUCCACCUGCUAGGCCAUAUAUUGAAGGAUGUACAAGAGGAGUCUCCAGCACCCAAAGUAGUCAGAGGGUUGCCACUGUUACAACCAGGAUUGCAGCACGAGUGGAAGGACGCUGUCAUAACAACGGCAGCAUCUUCUGUUCUAUCCUUUGACUACAGGGCAUUUACUUCAUUGCUGACCUCUGACUAUACUUAGGUCAGUGAUGGGAUCUAGACAUUACACUUAAUGGAGGAGAUGAGGUCCCACCAAAGUACAGAUAUUUUAUUGUUUGUCUAUGUAAACUGGCCAUCAUUCACUGAAAGGUUUACAAACACAACCUAUCUUAUUCUCGGAGUAUCAUAACUUGUACCUUACCAAGGAGAUCUAAUAAUAGAGCAAAAUCAGGGUUGCCCAGUGUUGUAUACAAUAUAUUUAUUAAUGGACCUCUCUACAGUUUCUCUGACGUCCUAAGUGGAUGCUGGGACUCCGUAAGGACCAUGGG